AUGCUCGAGCGCGAUGGCAUCAAGGCCCCUGGGCGCCAGACUGGCCGUCCCAUGAUCAUCAUCUGCUACAGCGGGAGGAAGCAUUGGUACAUACAGCUUACAAGCGGCCGACGAGAUCGGAAAGUGGAUACAGCUGAGGGAAACGGGGCCCCUGUCGCCUCAGAUGCGGCAUUUGCGGGAGCUGUCAUCCUUGACUUCCACCCGAUCUUGAUCGAGAGGUCUGAGAACCGCGAGCCUACCUGGAAUGGGCAACACAGCGGCAACUAUGGCCGCUCGUUUCGUUUCGUUGCUCCGGCAAAUCCUUGUACUACGUAG